CACACACAUAUACACACACAUGCUCUGCAGAUAAACGCUCAGCACACACACACACACACACACACACAGAUAUACCCUCACACACCUUACUCACUCACUCUCCCUGAGUGAGAGCUCAGAAACGAUUUCUUACAAGUGUUCAGAGAGAGAAUAAGAAAGGGAGAAAGGAGGAAGAGAGUGAGAGUGAGAGAGAGGAGGAGAAAGGAGGAUCAGCAAGCAAGAGAUGGAAAGCAGGAGGAGGAAGAAGAAUUAUAUCCUCUGAAGAGUGAGAGAGAAAAGAAGGACUUUGGGAGGAAGCUGCAGCGGAAACAAGCCACAAGGAACUCAGGCAAUUACUUCUCCUCUACCUGGCAGGAAUGACCUUCCAUAUAUUUGCUUCACCCAUCACAACAGGACAAAAUAGAUAUCUACAGCACAGAGUUGCAGCAGUGGCCGUCGACAGCUGUUGUGUACCAGUGUGUCCGUGCCCUCCAGCUGCGAUCGUGUCCCCUCCCUGCUGAGCGUUUCUGAGUGUGCUACCCUUGGCCUGACUGAAGUUUCGCCAUGUUGUGGACUCUUCUUUUGGCGCUGAUCCUGUUGCUGGUGCUCCAGGCCCAGCUGUGUGUGUGCUUGCGUGAGCUAAGAUCUGCGUCCUUGAUGACCUCGGUGACUUCUGUGACCUCUGAGACUCCAGCUCAGGCCCAGAAUACCACAGCCUCACGUCGUAUGCCAGGAGCCAUCAUCAUUGGGGUCCGGAAGGGCGGCACCAGGGCCUUGCUGGAAAUGCUCAACCUUCACCCAGAUGUUGAGGUAGCCAAGGCUGAGGUCCACUACUUCAACUUGGAUGAAAACUUUCGCAAGGGUUUGGACUGGUACCGCGCCCAGAUGCCCCUAACCCUGCCUGGGCAAGUGACUGUGGAAAAAACACCUGGCUACUUCACAGCACCUUUGGCUCCAGCCAGGAUGUGGUCAGCAAAUCCUGCCGUAAAGCUUCUUCUAAUUGUCCGUGAUCCAGCCGAGAGACUCGUGUCAGACUACACACAAGUUCUCCACAACCGGCUUCAGCAGAACAAGCCCUACCAGCCUCUAGAGGAGCUGCUCUUGCGCCAGGGGCGAAUCAACCCCAGCUACAAGGCCCUCCAGAGGAGCCUCUAUCACCAACACAUGGCCAGGUGGCUGGAGCUGUUCCCCAGGGAGCAGAUCCAUAUCGUGGACGGAGAGGCACUCAUCCAGGACCCGUUCCCUGAGCUACAGAAAGCUGAGCGGUUCUUAGAACUUGUUCCACAAAUUACGCCGGACAACUUCUACUUUAAUACCACCAAAGGGUUUUACUGCCUGCUUUCUGAAGGACAUGAUAAGUGCCUUGAUGAUUCCAAAGGGAGGCCACAUGCGCCCCUCAGUAACAAAGCAUUUCAAAAACUCUGCCGAUACCUCUGGGUGCCCAAUCAGAUUUUCUUUAGGAUGGUGGGGCAGACUUUCAAGUGGUGCUGAUGAAAGGUGAUGUGUAUCUGAUGUGCAAACUGCAGACAAGAUUUAACUGCAGAUAAGAUGAUUCCAUCAGCUCAAAACUCCAUACACCAGUUGCUAUCUGGCAAAAUAGGCUAAGAGCUUUCAGUCCAAGAGCUGAAAUGAAAAAGUGUGAGAGCAGAAACGAGAACGUCAGACUGCACCACUGGUUCCUCCUGGUGUUGGUUGUGCAUAACUGCAAUAGACUGAUAGACUGAGUAAAUUCAAAUGUGUGAACUGACUGUAUUUUUGAAAUGUAAAUCUUCUGAAGACUGGAAGCCUUCAUUUUGCAAAGUAUGUAAAAUAAGUACAUAUGCAAGUCUUCACUCUGCAAAAUAUUUAAGAAUAUGUAAAUCUCUUCAGUAAUUGUUGAGGAUAAAGGGAAUUUCUGCAUAAUUCACUCACUGAGAUGUAAAUUAACUCAUUCAGAAACAUCACCUAUUCAGAUUUUCUUUACAGUGCUGAUGAUAGGAACCAGGGGUCAUAAUGUCUACAACACCAGUUAUUUGCUUUCCAAAACAUUAGUGAACUUACAUGUCUUCUUGUUAUGUUAAUGUUACAGUGGUAAAAAAAAACGAUUAUUUUGUCUUACAAUGCCUGGCAUGCACCUUUUUCACCAUGGUUGUAUUAAAAAUUACAUUUUAAACCAAAACUCUAUCUUAAAACUAUCAUCAAACAAUGAAUCGGGCAGCAGCCCAUGAAUUUAAUAAAACAUUAAACGCAAUAACUUUAUAUGGGAGCUUUAUAAAGUACGUCUGAUUCCUAUCACCACCGUUGUGAACACGUCUAACUUCUGACUGUAAGCUUUUCUAGAAUGCUACAUUCAAGCCACUUUGCUUACAUUUUAAUGAUUGAAUUGUAGAGAUUUGAAAACGUGGUGGUAUCAAGCUGUAAUGUCAUCAAUAUGGUGGUACCACAAUUUACCAUCAACCCAAUAUAAGCCUAUACUUUACAUGUAUUAUCUGUAUUUAAUGAAUCUCUUUAAAAAGUUGUACAUAGUAUGACUGUGAGCCAUAGUCCUUCUAGUUCAAUAGCUGAUUUUUCAUAUUUGCAAUUCAUACUGCUAAUAAUUUGUACUUGAAUAUUUCUUUGGAGCAUUUUGAAUAGAAUUUUCUAUUUUUUAAUGGUCUCUUACAAUGGGUUAUUUUAUGAUGUCUGUAUGCACAACAAAAAUGUUUUUUAUUCAAUAAAUGUAUGUAAAUAAAGUUUCAAUGUUAGAGAAUACAAACUCUGAAAAUAACGCAUAACAACAUUAGAAUUGUUUACCGUGUUACAUUAUUUCAGUGAUGGAUAACCAAUGCAGUCUACUCUGUAAUUCAGGAGACAGUGUAAGCAAACAUCCACUGAAUCUGUAAUUAAAUAUUUUUUUUC